UUGUUGUGCGAGCCAAGCCAGCCAACCCUGUCCUGUGCCGCUCCAACAACGCGUUGCCCGCUAGGUGACCAUUCAGAUAUUGACUUUCGAAGUUGAUAUCGCCAUUUUCUAGCUUUCACCCAAGGAGCAGCACGAAAGAGGAUGGGGAGGCUUGUAGCUCUCUACAUGGAACAACAAGCUGCCAAGCUGCCACCCAUGCGUGGUAGCAACUGUCACAGACCAACCUGGGCCUGUCUUGUUUUUGCUUUAUCUUCUGCCCUCAAAUUCCUGUACUCUGACUUGAUUUUCUCUUUUGUAAAGUUUUCCAGCUUCAAGAUCAACUAGAAGUACGAGAUAGUCGCCAUGAAGUCGGUCGUCUUAUUGAUCGCCGCCGCGGCUAAGCUCGCGUCGGUCUAUGCUCAGACACAGACCACGGGAGGGGACGAGCCCACCUCUGCUCAGUCAAACGAGGCGGUCACACAUACUGUCCGGGUUGGACUGCAGCAUGAUUUCUCACCCGAUACGAUACAUGCGAAUCCAGGUGACACGAUACGAUUCAACUUCUACCCGAGGAACCACUCCGUCGUUCGAGCAGCUUUCAAGAAGCCCUGCAUACCAUGGGAAUUGACAAACGGCCCCGCCGAGACCUUUUUCAGCGGUCCGAUAGAGCAGGACACGCUGGAAAGUCCAAUUCCUAGUUGGGACUUACAAGUAGACAGUACAGACCCGGUCUUUUUCUAUUGUUCCGCGCCUGGUUCUUGUAUAGAUUGGAAAAUGGUUGGCGUUAUUAAUCCGAACGAAACAUUCACCUUGGAUAUUCAAAAGGCAUUCGUCCAAAACGCGACGUUCCAGCUCAGUCCUGGUGAACAAUUUCCGGACGAAUCAUCGCCUUCCAGCACAGCCGGGUCAGGUAAUAACAGUCCGACGUCGACACCCGGAGCUUCAUCCGAUAAUUCCUCUGGCAGAGCAACACUUUCAAGCGGGGCUAUUGCCGGUAUCGCUAUCGGAGGUGUGGCGGCCAUUGCUAUCAUUGCCGCUCUCGUUUACCUUUGCGGCAGGAAAGGCGGAAUUGAGAAGGGAUACCGACGAAGCACGUUGAUCAACACGGCACCGCCGCAGGUCGUCGAGGCGAACUACAACGACUACGGGCCCAAAAGCCCUGCCAUAGGCUCGCCUUACCCUCCGUCGUACGUGGACCCAUAUAGGGCAGCUAGUCCGGGGGCCAUGGUCUCUCCGGUAGGGAGUCCGCACAAUUCAUAUCUAGGACAUCCGAGUCCGGGAUAUCCUGCAUACGCUCCUGUCAGCCCAACUUUCCCUAAGCAAGAUCAGCCCGCAUUAUAUGAGGCACCUGCUGAUACGCAACCCAGCGCGGUCGCGGAACUCCCUGGAAGCAUCGAUAACGUACACGCACGUUGAGAAAUGUCACAUAGAUUAUGAGGUAGAUGGCUAAUUGAAUAUCCCAAGUUGUUUCCGUAUGAAAAAAAAAAUGGUAUUAUAAUGGCUGAAAAGAGGGUUUGGUACUAAAGGUCGAUGUUGUAUUGGCAUGGCGCAAGGAGUUUAGUGAUGUGUCGACUAGCUCUGUUUCCAAGAUACCUGAGCACUCCGAUGCCGUACUGG